GUUUCGUGUGCCGUCGCUGCGUGUCGUCGCCGUCGCGUUGUUACGUUCCAGCUCCGUCGACGUCGUCACCUUUCCGCGGCCGUGUUUGUGUAUUUCGUUUUAUUGUCGUUUAAUCUCCCUCCGCCGUCGGUUUUUAUCGUGUACCGAUCGGUUUUUGGGUUCGCGCGUGAAAAUCCGAUUUUCAGUGUUCCGAAACGCGUGUACGGUUUCAGUGCGUUCGAGAUAGUAAAAUAAUAAUUCACGACCGGUGUGUGCGUGCGCGUUAAAUUAAUGUAUUAUAUUAAUAUAUUGCACGUAAUAUAAUAUUAUUGUUCACGAUCAUUUACGACCCGGCGCGAAACCGAAAACGCUGGGAAAAAUAUCUUAAAAUAAUCAUUGUCGGCCGAACCGGUUUUCCGUAGCCGAGAAAAGUCGUCGGGCUUUCGAUUCGUUAUUAUUGUUAGUAUUGUUGUCGGAUUUACUUGAAACGACUUGCAGCCGCAGUAGCAUCCGUUCGCCAAGCAAAACACUUGGAACAUUUAGAGGAAAGAACGUUUCAACAAUGAGAAGGUAGCCGUCGCCAUCAACCAUCACUACCGCCACCGCAGUCGGCACCGUCAUGCACUGCGAGUACCGCUGUCUCGCAGCAGCGUUCCUGCUGCUGGCCGUCGCGAUCAUCAGUCCCGGACGAGCCGAACACGUUGUACUCCUAGACACCACCACCGAGCCCAGUUUACGAUGGACAACAUAUCCUUACGGACCGGACGCUAACGCUGCUGGGUGGGUCGAAGAGAGUUAUAUAAACUUCGAGAAGGACAUCAAUUGGCGGUCGUACGUCGUGUGCGAUGUCACCAAGCAAAACGUCAACAAUUGGGUGUGGACACCUUUCAUCGAGCGUGGACUGGCCAAUCUAAUUUAUAUUGAAGUCAAGUUUACCAUCAGAGACUGUUCGCUGUUCCCUGGAUAUGCGCUGUCGUGCAAGGAGACGUUUUCGUUGCUCUACUACGAAUUCGAUGUGGCCACCAGGGAACCGCCACCUUGGGAACCCGACAGUUACAAAUCAGUCGGUCGGAUAGCUGCCGGAGAAGGGAGGUUCAACGCCAAUAAUGAAGUAGUAAUCAAUACCGAGACAAAAGCCGUGAAAGUUACCAAAAAAGGAGUAUACUUUGCCUUCAGGGACCAGGGCGCGUGUAUUUCCAUCAUGGCUGUCAAAGUGUAUUACAUCGUAUGCCCAGAAGUUGUGAUAAACUUUGCAAACUUCUCAGCUACACCGACUGCUAGAGAACUUACCCAAAUCGAACAUGCCACCGGCAAAUGUGUAGAUAACGCUGAAGUAGUAGGAGGCACACCCACUUAUCUUUGUAAAGGAGAUGGAAAAUGGUAUCUUCCAUCAGGUGGCUGCAAGUGCAAAGCAGGCUUUGAAGCAGACAUGGAAGCACAAACUUGUAUAAUCUGUCCUCCGGGCAAGUACAAGUUCGGCGUCGGGGAUGACAAGUGUCAACCGUGCCCGGCCCACAGCAAAGCGCCCGAUCAAGGAAUGUCCGAGUGCAGGUGCAACACCGGAUAUUUCAGGUCGCCCAAAGAUCCAAAAUCGGUGCCAUGCACGCAACCGCCAUCAGCGCCGCAGAACUUGACUGUCAACUUUGUGGACCAGUCGACUGUGACCCUAUCGUGGAACCCGCCGAACUUCGUCGGCGGCAGAGCCGAUAUCGUGUACAGGGUGACGUGCGACAUGUGCGGUCCAUCCGUUAUGUUCAUGCCCAACAUCGAGGUAUUCAACGACACCAAGAUAACGAUAAGUGGCCUGAGUCCGGUGACCACGUACAAAUUUCACGUAUGGGCCGAAAACGGUGUUAGUAACCUGACGUCGCCUGAGAACCGACAAUUUGUCGACAUAGCCGUGACCACUACCGAAGCGUCAAUGAAAUCCGCAUCCGUCAACAACGUCCGCGUCAUGCUGGUCAAAGCGUCCGAAAUCGCGCUGUCGUGGGACCCGCCCAUGACCGGAUUUCUGGAUUCCGGUGACGACGAUGCCGUAGAAGUUUACGAGGUGAAAUUCUACUCCAAGGGUGACGAGUCGAACACCAGCAACAAACUCACUACUGACCGGCACGUGGUGUUCACGGCACUCAAGCCCAAAACGGAGUAUGGUUUUCAAGUGCGAGCAAAGUCUUCUCACGGUUGGGGCGAGUACAGCCCGACCAUAUACAAAACAACGGGGCAAUUACUCGGAAGCGGUAAGAACACACAACAACAAGUCCAAAGAAAAUCCGGGAUGAAAGAUGACACGGCCUACAUUGGUGACGAGGAUAACAUGGAAGUCCGAAUCAUCGCUGGUGCUACGGUAGCAGUCGUGGUCGUCUUAGUAGUUGUCAUCAUUAUGACGGUAUUGUUCUUGAGGAGUCGAAGCAAUGACGAAUGCAAUAAAAAACAACCGAGUGAUUGCGACACGUUAGAAUACAGGAACGGAGAAGGACUUGUUGUUACCUACAUGCAUUGCAAUUUGGACAAUCCUCCCAUAGUUGCCACUCACACUAGCAGCAUGACCACUCCUUUGUUCACACAAGUCGGUUCAACCACGUCCAGAUCAUAUAUUGAUCCGCAUACUUACGAAGAUCCAAAUCAAGCGGUCAAAGAAUUUGCCAGAGAGAUCGACGCUUCGUAUAUCACUAUCGAAGCGAUUAUUGGUGGCGGAGAAUUUGGUGACGUGUGCAGAGGCAAAUUAAAAGUUCUCGGAUCGCCUUCGGUGGAAGUCGACGUAGCUAUCAAGACACUGAAACCGGGAAGUUCAGACAAAGCUCGCAACGAUUUUUUGACUGAGGCAUCGAUCAUGGGACAAUUUGAACAUCCGAACGUGAUAUUCUUACAAGGCGUCGUCACCAGAUCUAAUCCAGUGAUGAUAAUUACCGAGUACAUGGAAAACGGUUCGCUGGACACGUUCUUGAGAGCUAACGACGGAAAGUUCCAAGUCCUUCAGUUAGUUGGCAUGUUGCGGGGCAUUGCGUCCGGCAUGCAGUACCUCAGCGAAAUGAACUACGUGCACAGAGACUUGGCCGCCCGAAAUGUACUAGUCAACGCUCAACUCGUUUGCAAAAUAGCCGAUUUCGGUUUGAGUCGAGAAAUCGAAAGCACUACCGAAGGGGCAUAUACCACGAGGUUUUCGAAUUUCCAGGGCGGUAAAAUCCCAGUCCGGUGGACCGCACCCGAAGCCAUUGCGUUCCGAAAAUUCACCUCCGCGUCCGAUGUAUGGUCGUUCGGAAUCGUCGUGUGGGAGGUUAUGUCUUACGGCGAACGUCCGUACUGGAACUGGAGUAACCAAGACGUUAUAAAGUCGAUCGAAAAAGGUUACCGGCUACCGGCACCCAUGGACUGUCCAGAAACCAUAUACCAAUUAAUGUUGGACUGUUGGCAAAAAGAGAGGACGCACAGACCAGUGUUCCUGUCCAUUGUAAAAACUCUCGACAAACUCAUAAGGUGUCCGGAAACGCUUAGGCGGAUCGCUCAAAAUAGGUCCGUAAACCCGUUGAGCUCGGACGCCCCGGACAUGACCCAGUUCGGGUCGGUCAACGAGUGGCUGUGCUCGAUCAAAAUGGCCAGGUACUUGGACAACUUCGAACAGGCCGGCAUUGUUAGCCCGAAGGCCGUGGCCCGACUCACCGUGGCCGACCUCACAGCGCUGGGUAUCACGCUGGUCGGACACCAGAAGAAGAUCAUGAACAGUAUACAGGCCAUGCGAGCGCAGUUAUCGGCUAACCUGUCCGAGGGCUUUCUCGUCUAGCCGAAACGCCUAGGCACAACAUGAGAAUACUGUUUUUUGCGACCUUUGGUUCCUAUAUAAUAUAUGAUAUAUAUUAUAAUAUAGUAAUAUCCAGUAAACGAUAAACAAAAUGAUGAGAAUGGCAUCGGGACUUAUAUCAUUUUUUUUUUUUUCGUUCAAUGAUUUAGACUGUACCUGUACAAUAUUAUUAUUAUUAUAUUACUACUAUAUCGUGUUAUUUCUGAAGCACAUAAUCCAAGAUUUUUUUUUCGAGAUUUUAAUUUUUUUUUUGUUUUCCCCAGUGACUCGCUUUAAUGUAUUGUAUGUAUAUGUUCUAUAACUAUUUUUUAUUUUGCGAUGACGUUUAAGUAUGAUUUUAAACGUUGUCGACCCAUUCACAUCACCACCAUCACCAACACCGACCUCCUCACAUUUCUCUUAUCGUUUUUCUACAAUUUCUGCUAUAUUGAACAAAAUAUAAUACAACAAGAACAAUGUAUGUGUGUAGACUAUUAUAAAGUUAUUUAAAUAAAUUCAGUACCAAUGUAGUAUAUAAUAUAACAUACCUA